CUAAAAGCAAUCGCAGCAAGUGAGCCAUUCCACGCCAGUCCAUCCCACGGUCUUCGUCAUUGAGAUUUCGAUGGCCCGAACAAUUUGUAAAUUCAUCGAGCUCCUUUGACCCAUUACGAGCAUCACCUACGAGUACAUAGUAGGUGAGUAUCAGCUUGGCCCGGCUGAUCUACCUUAUCUUUCAGAUCUCGUUAGACAUGACGAUGACGGAUGACAACAAGAGCUCCCCAUUGCCGAAGCUCUUUGAUGCGAUCAUGCGGGGCCAUUGAGUUGCUUUCCCCCUCCACCAAGAGAUUGAAAUACAACUAUUGACAACCUGGAAGUGCACAUCUCCUCGGUCCUGACGGUUGGUUGGCUAUAUAUAUUGCCGUGCUCCUCUACUAGACAUGUCUGCUCGUCUUCGUUCGUUGCAACGUCUUACUACUACUACAGCUCUUACUUUCAGGUCUCAGGCUGCGUUCCGACAAUCCAAAUUCACUGCAUUGCAAUUGAACAGACAAGCCUCCAACAUGUCUCUAGCAACUCUUGACGUACGGCAACAUCCCAACCUGCGCUCGUCCUCAGAGACCCUUUUCGAGGCAAAGGCAAAGAAGAAGGUGACUUUUGAAGAUCUCGCGAAAGAGCUGGGUCGAGACGAGGUUGCAGUUGCGGCUUUGUUUUACGGACAAGCCAAAGCCUCUCCAGAAGAUGUCAAGAAACUGUCAGAAUACUUUGGUCUUGACCAUGCCACGCUGGAAGCGCAGAUGACGGGAUUCCCAGACCGCGGAAAGAGUGUUGAGAUGCCUCCGAGGGAACCAUUGAUCUAUCGUCUCUAUGAGAUUGUGCAGAACUAUGGUUAUGCGUACAAGGCCGUUUUGAAUGAGAAAUUCGGGGAUGGCAUCAUGAGUGCGAUUUCCUUCUCGACUCAUGUUGAAAAGGAGGUGGACAAGGAUGGCAACACAUGGGUCAAUAUCAAGCUGCGAGGAAAGUGGUUGCCGUUCACACGAUUUUAGACAGCCAGAUAUCAAAGAUGAAUCAUGAUCACAGACCCGCGUUGACGACCUUGAUCACAAAGAUUCGCUGCUCACUCAGGUGCAUUAAGGAGCACAGCCGGCACUCUAAUUGGCCUACUAUGGCCCUCGAUCCUAUUUGCGUGCUCUUUCUGGAUGCUAUGUUCUGUGUGCAAAUCGGAUAACCUUUGUGUAGGAGGAACAAUAUCAAGCAAGAACAAUAUUAAGCCUUUCCC